CUCAUAUGUGCGUGUGAUAAAUAUAUUUGUGCUGCAUUUAUGGUGGAAUAUUUAAGGCCCGGACACCACAAUGCGACUGUUGUUGAUUUGUCUACUCUGUACAUUGGCGUUACUUGUUGAAGUGGUCUAUUCAGCCGAUUGCAAGCGGCUAAAUACCAGUGUCGAAAUAGUGUAAGGCGGAUUGGACUUACAAUGGUUGGGAUUUUUUCUUCCUGUUUGAGAAAUAUUUAUAUUAUAUGACAGUCGUGACUGCGGAUUGUAAUGAUUAAAAGUAAGAGAACAAAACCGAGACAGGAUGAUAAUUCGGAUAUUUGCUCUACUGUUCGUCGCACGGACAUGUAUGGCAGUAACAGUGGAUAAAGAUGGGGUGGUGAUAGACUGUAGCAUGAACUGUGCGUGCUGUAAAGGAGGAAGUAACAAGUGUUAUUCUGAUUACCGUUGUUUAGAAGGGUGUGUUGAUACCAUAUAUGGUCACAGAUGUCGCAACACUUGUCCGAAUAAUUGCAAAACGUGCGAGUAUAAUGAAGGCAAAACAUGUUUCACCUGCAAGGACACAUUUUAUGAUUCAAACAGUACGUGUAGUAAGAUAUGUUCUGUCGGGUGUGAUGGUGGAUCUUGUGAUAAUAACGGAUAUUGUAGUAAAUGUAUAGCAAGGUUUGAAGGAGAUAAAUGCGACAUUUGCAAACAAGGGUUUAAUGGAACCGCUUGCACCGAAUGCACUACUGGUUAUUAUGGAGUUGACUGCAGAAAAUGCCCUAGCGGAUGUAGAAAUGGAAAUUGUAGGAAUGAUGGAACAUGCUCCCAAUGCAAUGAUGACUAUUAUGGGACACACUGUGACCUGGCAUGUUCAGUAGGUUGCAAUGGUGGAACUUGUAAUCAAGAUGGUUCGUGUACCUGCAAAAACAAUUUUACUGGUUCAAAAUGUGAAACUUGUAUGGAUGGGAAAUACGGAAGUAAUUGUCAGCAAACGUGUAGUGUUGGUUGUUCACCAUCGACAUGUGACCAUGACUACGGCUACUGUCGUUGUCGACCUAAUUUUACCGGCGAUUCAUGCGAGCAAUGCCAUGACGGCUCUUAUGGACAAUCUUGUGAAUUACAUUGCUCGGAUUAUUGCAAAGAACGGAAAUGCAAGCGAAAUGAUGGGGAAUGCACAAACGGUUGUGUGGAUGGAUAUUCGGGUAACAAUUGUACAACCUUGUGUGAUUCGAGAUGCGCGACGUGUGAACAGUCUGAUAAAUCAGUUUGCCUAUCGUGUUUAAAUGAAUAUACUGGUCCUACAUGCAGUUGUCCCCCUAACUGCUACUGUAUCGGAAAUAGUGAUAACUGCAUCAAUUGUUAUGAUCAGUGGAAAAAUCCUGAUUACCAAUGCAAAUGUCAUACGAAGUAUUGCCAAGAUUAUAAGUGUAACGCCUGCCUAAACACCACCUUUUUUGUUGGUAGCAACGGGUUUGGCUGUUGUGAGUGUCCUCCAAACUGUAAAGGUGGUUCCUGCAUAACAGGAACCCAAUGUACAGGUGGAUGUAAAGAUGGGUUCUAUGGCACGGACUGUGUUCUAACAUGUACAACUAUGAGUGUUGAAUGUGAAAAGUGUAGCCAGGUUGAUGGAAAGUGUUUGAAAUGUAAGGACGGACUUUAUCCGCAUGCAAAUGGAAGUUGCGUUAAGUGCAAUAGCAGUUGUAGGGAUAUGCGUUGUAGUUCAGAAAAUGGGACUUGUCUAAUUGGUUGUUCAGGAAAGUUUUGGGGAGACAAGUGUGACAGUCAGUGCAACUCUAACUGUGAAACAUGUCAGCAAGCGUCGGGAAUCUGUGAGGCAUGUUUUGAUAACACUUUCUAUGGUUCGUAUUGUAACCAAUCAUGCAGCUCCUCAUGCUCGGAAAGCAAGUGUGAUCAAAACAGUCAUUGUUUGUCUGGAUGCAAAGGCGAUUUCUUUGGGGAUCAGUGUCAAACAAACUGCUCUCAUAAUUGUCAAAAAAGUGGUACAGAAACCAUAUGUAAAGGCGAUGGAAACUGCAAAUUUGGCUGCGUCGAUGGCUACGAAGGCGAUGACUGCACAAUUAAAGAAGAAAAAGUAACAGCUGGACCACCAGUAGGAGCUAUUGCUGGAGGUGUUAGUGGUGGAAUUGUAGUCAUCAUUGCAGUUGCUGUUGCAUUAAUCUUCUUUCGACGAAGAUCCACUCGCCUUCCUGCCUCGCGCCAAACCAAGGGAAACGGUAAUAAAACGUUCCAAGCUAACAUUACCGACGAAAAGAAUAAAGAAACACAAGAUCGGACAUACUAUAAUGAAAGACAGGUCAAAAGAGAAUCAACGAAACCAAUUCCAACGGUUUCCCGGCCGCCAGCAAACAAACCCAAUGCUGCCAAGCAGCAAGUAUCUACACAUGAGGAAACUGCAUUUGAAAGCGAGAUUGAUCUGGAGAUAGAUGACGAGAGCAACGGGGCUCUUGAGAAUUCUUCAAGAGAUGAUCAGACGUACUACAAUGAACUAGGACCAUCAACUAAUAAGUCAAAAGUACACAUUAAUCAACUCAUCAAGUAUGUGGACGGAAAGACUCAUGAUGCGUUUAGUGCAGAAUUUGAGAAAUUUUCUCUCGGUCUUGUGAAGCCAUAUGUGGAAUCGCAAAAGAGGGAGAACAUGACUAAGAAUCGAUACAAAGGCAUUUAUCCAUACGAUGAUUCAAGGGUCAAGGUCACAGGCAGUGGUGGAUCAGACUACAUAAAUGCCAGCUUUAUUGACGGAUAUAAAAAGCCGAAGCAGUACAUCGCUACAUUAGGUCCAAUGUCCCAACAACUAGACGAUUUCAGCUUGUUUUGGAAAAUGAUUUGGCAACAAAGGGUUGAGAAAGUUGUUAUGGUUACCAAUCUCAUUGAACAUGGAACCCGUAAAUGCGAGCAAUACUGGCCAAACCCUGGGGCCAGUAAGAUGUAUGGUGAAAUAAAGGUGGAGAGCCGCUCGGAGGAUGAGUAUGCUGAGUUUACAAGGCGAGCCUUAACGAUGACCAUGGGGACCGAAGAAAGGACGUUGCACCAUCUGCACUUCACGUGUUGGCCUGACAAAGCGAUACCCGACGAUGUAACCGCGAUGAUAGAGUUCCGACAGAGGGUUCAGAGUACGUCGAGUACUCUAAAUGGACCAACGGUUGUGCAUUGCAGUGCUGGUGUCGGCAGAACAGGCACAUACAUUGCUCUGGACAUCCUGACAAAAGAAGGUGAGGCGGAACGAGCCAUUGACAUCGCGGGAUGUGUCCACAAAAUGCGCCAGAACAGGCCGAAUAUGGUGCAGACAUUGGAGCAGUAUCAGUUUCUGCACACAGCUGUGGUUUACUCGUUGACCUUCGACUGCAAACAAAUCAAGGGAGAGAACUUCGACCAGUUCAUGAAACAACACUCUUCAAAAGAACUGAAUAGUCAGUUUAAGCGACUGCAACACACUGUCGAAAAACGAACGAAAGACGAAGCAAUUGCAGUUGAGCGCAAUAAGCAGCACCUGAGUAAAAACAGAGCAAAUGCAGAUAUUCCGGGUAACGAAAACAGGCCAAGACUUUACCUGAACCUCAAACAUGGGGCGUCAGACUACAUCAAUGCUGUAUACAUUCACAGCUUCAGAAUCAAAAAACGUUACCUGGUAGCACAGACUCCACUUCCAGAGACAGUAAUCGACUUUUUGACGCUUGUUGUCCAAGAGAGCUGUUCAUGUAUCGUCAGCUUCGAAGCUGAUAUGGACAAACAAAGGAAUAUCGGCAUAUAUUACCCAGCUGCAAACCAAGAAGUUUUGAAACAGGGAACGUUUCAAGUCAGUUGCUCAAGAGAGGAAAAGAAAACGUUCUACGCAGAGCGAACAUUGACAAUUCAACACAAAGGAGUAGGGACGAGCACUGAACGAACCAUUCCACAUCUUCAAUAUACCGACUGGGAUGAAACGAACAACAUUCCAAGGUCAACUACAAACUUUCUCUCAUUUCUGAACGUGAUAGAGAAUGUCACAAAACAGUCAGGUGACGGGCCGAUCUUGGUACAUUGCUUAGAUGGUGCGGGCAAAAGCGGUCUAUUCUGUGUCGUUUCGUUGCUUAUCCACAAGAUGGCCGUGGAACACGAAGUCAGUGUGCUUAACUCUGUUAGGAAGGUCAAAACCAUGAGGAGGUUAGCGAUCCCGAACCAGGAACAAUUUAGCAUCUGUCACGGAUGUGUUUCUGAGUAUCUAAGUUCCUUUGAUGUAUACGCCAAUUUCAACGAAGAAACGGGAAGACUGUAAGGUUCAUCGAAUUUAAAGUUUAAAAGAAACAUUCAGAGUGUAAAUAUGACAUAGUGCAAACUUAUUUUGUUAUGCUGUGUUAAGUUUUUAUUUUCAAUAUGUUUGAUAAAUUAUGAUAGAAAUCACGAACCGUAAAGCAUAAAUUUUAUUUCCAGUUACUAACACAACAUGUUCAGUAACAUUUUUUAUAUUCAGCUUCGUACAUACUUGUCCAUUAGUAUUGUUCUAUUUCAUGUUGCAUUCUCUAGUGAUCUAUGAACUAUUUAGAAAGCCUUUAUAAGUGUACUGUUUAAAGCCAGUCAACAACUUGGAGAACAGAGCUUUCUUAAACUUCUUAAAUGUAAAUUCAUUUUUUGCUGAUUCUUAUCAAACUUUAAAAACUGUUGUUUUCAUUCACAUUAUCUUAUUGAUUAUAUUUUUUUAUGACUACAGUUUUUCUAAUGUCAUAGAACAUAUUGCACUUUGUCGUAUUUGCCAUCAUUUUAAGUGAUGUGAUUUAUAAAUGAAAUCGGUGUCAAUAAUUUUUUAAUGUCAUAGAUGCACAGAACCUGUUCAAAGCGUAUAAAGGGACUCAAUAAUGUUUUGGCAUUAAAUUUUGUUUUCCCGGUAUUGCAUCUGAAAACACUUGUAUUAUAACUAUUUCACUCUUUGAUACUGAACGAAAUGACACAAACACUUAUUAGAGUGUAAACAAAUGUUCUGGUUUUAAUAGAGAGCGAACCCACGCCGGUACAGUCAAGGAACAUGCACGCACACAAGAACUCAUAAGGAUAACAUUUGUUAAAGAAUUCAAGCCGUCAGUAUUUUAGUUUUAACACUCCUAGUACUUUGACACACCUUAUUUCGUCAUUCCUAAAAUUGCAUUUUACAAAAUCAUGAGCGAUAUCCUUAAAGCUACGGGGAUGGGCUGGGUUGUUUUAUUUAGGUUUGUUUACUUAAAGAUCGAGUAUUUAACUAUUUUAUAAGUUUUUGAAGAAAAUCAUUGUUAAUGAUGUAAGGGAAACUACAAGGACAAGCAUGGUAUCAUAUCCUUCAAAGAGUUGUAUUGGUUUACAAAUUGUAUGAUAGACUGAGAAACGUUAGUGCCCUUUUUUAAAUAAAGGUACUAAGAAAGCAUUACGUGGACUUCGAAAUGUCCACUUUAUGUUAUCAACGUUUGAUUUUUACGUGUAUGUCAAAUAACUAUGAAAUAACGUGACGGCAUCAGGUGCCCAUAUUAUUAGCAGAAAGUACCUUCAUACUAAAAAAAGCUUUAUACGUGACAAAUACCCAGAUUAACACGCAUUGUCUAUAUUGACGCCGAUUUUACAAUAUUCUUUGGAGUUUUAUAAACUUAACGAAGAAAGCAAUACGCAAUGAGGUUGAAUGUUCUUACGUUAUGUGAACCUAUUGUGUACUUAUCUCUCUUUUUGUAGCUUUUAUUCUUAAAGUAAAUGCUGAACAUGAUGCUUUAACAAUGAAUGUGUUUAUUACAUUAUCAGAGUCAUAUUUCAUGACGCCAAUGUCGUUGAGCAUGCUCAGCUUCUUCUGGUACUGCCAUAUGUGUAUUUGAAUUUGCUAGUUUAUUUUUAAUGCAAUCGUCAAAUUGCGUGUGUUAUUAACUAUUGAAAAGUAGUGUUAUGUGUACAUUAUUUUAGAGCCAUUACUAAUCCUUUCAUAUUUGGAUUAUAUUGUAAAGUAUAUUCGCAAGUAGUCCCUUGAAAUAUUGUUCUAUACGACAAUCAAGAUUUGUUUCGUAUGCAAAAAAGUUGUAUGCAUGUAUGUAUAUAAAUGUACAAGUAGGCUAUCACAAACACAUCAUAACGAAAAAGACUCACACAACGACAAAAGUGUUUAUCACUUUUAACUAUAAAGAAACCUUAGAAUUAUAACACACGAUUGGUUAGAUAAUUAACAAAGUAACACUUAUACAUCAUGUUAUACUAUGAACUAUUAAAUAUAAUAUUCAUCUUAAAUCAUUCAUUGUUAGAUUUGGAUAACCCGUAAAUUUCAUAUAAAGGCAAAUCAGUGUACUAAGUCUUAAACACAAUGUAGCGUGUUUAUUUAUAUGGUUGAACUAAGCUAAGCCUAAAAAAUCAUCUUAGCAUGUAUAAUUUAGAUGUAGAUUAUCAGAUGUCAUUAUUAUAUAUAUUUGGUUUAUAUUACUACAAUUUAACAAACUUAAACAUAUAUGUGGUUACUGAUGCCUUUUCUUCUAAUGUUAAAAGUAUAUAACGAUAUUCAUACUACAUCUGCAAUACAAAUCGCUUGAUUCAUUUAUGUGAUGUUUUAUUUUUAUUUUUUGAAAGAACGUUCUCGUUUGUUGUUUUUCAUAUUCUGAUAUUGAUAACUAUCUAUUGUACUGAACAAUACUUCUGUUUAACAUUUUAAUCCAGACACUCUUAAAUAUAUCCUGCAUCAGUUGGUCAGAACAGCAGAAAGGUUUCCAAAGGUUUGAGAAGACGCCACAAACAAAUGAUGAUUUAAGCAUGCAUUGUUCAAAAUCAGGAUAGUUUGAAAACAGAUUUUUGAGAUUUUUAUACAUACUUUUUUGUAACAAAAGUAUCAUGCUGCUGCUCAUCCAUGUACUGGUCGAAAUUAUCUGAUACCAUUAGUUUUCUGUAGCAAAACAAUCGAGAUAGAAUACAGUAUAAAUUUUGAAAAUAGCUUGAUGGAUUAAGUUAAGAUUUAACAAUAUAUUUUUUUAUUGUUUUCAUUGUAUAAAAGGCUUAAUCGUAGUGGUAUGAUUCGUUGUGACAAUGAAAUACUUAUAUGCAUGUACGAGAACAUGUUGACAACAUUUAUGUUUUGGAUUCAUUGUUUAAAGUGUACACAUGUUUUAUUUCUCCGUCUACCAUGACUAAUUCAAAUAAUCAUUUGCUUUUUCUUUCUUUCAGAAACUGUUUAAAUAUGUUAGUAUUGCUAAUCAGAGAAGUUUAUAAUAAAAGUAUAACCUUU